UGGCAACAUGCUCGCUGGCAACAUUGUUGGGGCCGGGCCGGGCCGGCUUCUGCUGUGUGGCAUGCGGAUUUCAGUUGAAAUUCAACUGCCGCGUACUCAGAACGCUCCACGGGCUCAUCUGGCCGGGCCGGGGCCACAUCUUCCGACCGCCGAGAAGUGCGAGAGUGCGAACCCAAAAGAACUCGAACGCAAAAUUAAAUUGCACAUUAAAAUUAAAUGGGUACACAAUAAAAAGUUUCCCUCACACCCGAAGAAGGCGAACGUGUUUAUGAUUUUCCCGCUCGCCACUCGGCUAUCAGUUAUCCGUUCGGGCGCGUUUCCGAGCUUCUUAAAUGCCAAUUUAGGUGGCGGGACAGGCAUUUAAUCAACUCAAGACCACCCCCGACUUCCCUGCCGCUUGUGACACAAAAGAGUGCCGGAGCCUCAACUCGAAGAACUCGCUGCGAAAGUCCUUGGCAUACCUUCACUCCAUUGCGAGCAGACUUCCGCUCCGCCCCGAACACACACACACAUUGGCAUUCACAGAAUUCCCAGUGAAAACAUCGCCAUAAAUUAACAACUAAUUCAAUUAACUGCUGACAACGUCAACGAGCGGCGCUUGGCUGCAGUCAGGACAAGGACUGGGAACGGGAAAAGAACCAGGACCAGGACCAGGACCUAGAACCUAGAACCUAGAACCUACGACCAGCACCAGCACCAGAGCCACUGCAACGCCGCUGGGUAUGCGGCAAGUUGCUUAGAAGAAUUUCCACCCACCAGCUAGAGACGAGCCCCCCUUUUCUGCCGACGCAACUCCAGUUGCAUGCAGCGAUGAGUGAGCAAAACAGCAACAGCAGCAGCAGCAGUGGCAGCAGUGGCAGUGGCAGCACUGCAGCGAUUGCUGAAAGUGCCGCAGAAAGCGGCCCGGACUUCGAUGCACUUCGCGCCGCGUGCAAUGCCCGCCUGAAUGGGAGCAGCAGCCAUCUGCUGGGACCCAACUCCGCACCCGCAGCCGGACCCGGACCCGUUACCGUUCCCGGCCUUUUCUGUCCAGGUACCUUUGAUGGCUGGCUUUGCUGGCCGGAUACGGCCGCCGGCACAUCCGCCUACGAGCUCUGCCCCGACUUCAUCACGGGCUUCGAUCCAACACGAUAUGCGCACAAGGAGUGCGGCAGCGAUGGGGAGUGGUUCAAGCAUCCGCUGAAUAACAAGACCUGGUCGAACUACACGACCUGCGUGAAUCUCGAUGACCUCGAGUGGAAGCACAACGUGAAUCUGAUCUAUGAGGUCGGCUACGGCAUCUCUCUUCUGGCCAUCCUACUCUCGCUGGCCAUACUCGGCUAUUUCAAAACACUGAAAUGCGCCCGCAUCACGCUGCACAUGAAUCUGUUCGCCUCGUUUGCGGCCAACAACUCGCUGUGGCUGCUCUGGUAUCUGAUGGUUAUGCCCAACACGGAGCUGCUGCAGGACAGUCCGGCCCGCUGCGUGGCCCUGCACAUCAACCUGCACUACUUCCUGCUGACCAACUACUCGUGGAUGCUGUGCGAGGGCUUCUAUCUGCACACAGUGCUGGUGUCCGCGUUCAUUUCCGAGAAGAGGCUUGUCAAAUGGCUGAUCGCCUUCGGCUGGGGCUCGCCGGCCGUCGUCAUAUUCGUUUACAGCCUGGCCCGUGGUCUGGGCGGCUCCACCGACCAGAAGAUACACUGCUGGAUGAGCCCCACUGACUACGACAACAUUCUGGUGGUGCCCGUUUGCAUAUCGAUGUUCCUCAAUCUGCUGUUCCUGUGCAACAUUGUGCGCGUGGUGCUGCUCAAGCUAAAUGCCCCGGCCAGCAUCCAGGGCAGCUGCGGUCCAUCGCGGACAGUCCUGCAGGCGUUUCGGGCCACGCUACUACUUGUCCCGCUGCUUGGCCUCCAGUAUAUCGUCACCCCGUUCCGUCCUGCGCCAGGACAUCCCUGGGAGAAUACAUACGAAAUCAUCUCAGCGUUUACGGCCUCAUUCCAAGGUCUGUGCGUGGCCACACUAUUCUGUUUCUUCAACGGGGAGGUGAUUGCCCAGGUGAAGCGCAAGUGGCGGAUGCUGUGCUUCAGCAAUCGGCCGAGGACCAACUCCUACACAGCCACUCAGGUCUCGUUCGUGCGCUGUGGACCGCCCCUGCCCGGCGAGGAGAAGGUAUGACUAAAGGACCUGUCGGCCAAGGCCAAGCGACGCGCCUCCUCGGCACCACACCAUCAGCACCAGCAUCAACAGCAGCCGCAGGACCAGAGAGCUCGCAGCCAAAGCAUGACGGGUAGCUGGAGUCUUCUCGAGAGCUGGCGCAACAGAAUCCCCUUCCGGCAGCGCCGGCAAACCAUUGACAACUCGCGCCAGCAGCAGCCCCUAAUGGAGGAGCGGGAGCCAGCCUCCUGUGUGGCUCCGGCCGCGGAUGCAGUGCUCGUGGCAGGCGGCGAGGCAGAUGUCGCCGGCAGAAUGCCGACACAGAUGACGACCAUAGCGGAAGAUGCAGCAGAGAUGCCAGCAGGAGAGCCCUGCCCGAAUGCCAGGGGCAUUGUCAUUGUCCGCAUGGAGGGAGCAGCAGGCCAUCAACAGAUGGCCGAUGAGGCACUUUAAGUGAAAUAGCCACCCCACCCCACCACACCCCCACAACAUCUCAUAGUCUUAAGCAGCUGAAACUAAACCAAAUCAUCAAUAUCGACUAACGCUAAUCGAUUAAUCGAGUAAUCUUAAUUACCCAGACAGGCAUAGCUGAAAUGAAUUUCGCCCAGAGUCCAGGUGCAGUCUCCAGCCUGCAGCCCACCAACUUUUAUCCCAAGUACCCAAAGUACCUCAGUUAAGUUUACAGUCAUAAGUCUCUGCCCCAAGCAUUCCUUGGGAAAUUGAUUUCAGCUUAUGCGGGCAUGCACAUAUUUAUUGUACGAGUAUUUAUGAGUGUUAGAUUUUAACGUGGAUAUCAAAUAUCAUUGUUGUCUUAAGUGUUAAGUGUUAAGUGUUAGGUGUACCACAUACAUCCUCUCCUGCCCCGCCUCUGUCCCUCUCCGUGGUAAGCUGAGCUUUCUGGCAAUCGCUUUUAGUGUGCUAUGUACGUACGGAAUAAUUAAAUGGAAUAAAAAUUGUAAUUAUGUGUGUAUCUA